CGAUAUUUCAUCAUUCAAAAACUUGUGAUUGUAUUCUUCUGAUAGAUACUGAGAUACACUACUAUAACUCAGAUACUGAGAGAAUCACUGUACUGCUACUGCAUUAGAGAUGAGUUCACCUAAGAGAGCUUGGACUGUGGUUGUAGGUGUUGGAGUUGUGGAGGCUUUGAAGGAUCAGGGUCUCUGCAGAUGGAAUUCAGGAUUCAAGUCAGCUCAGCAAAGUGUGAAAAACCAUGUUGGAUCGUUUUCACAGGCAAAGAAGCUUUCUUCUUCCUCUUCUGCUGUGGUUUCUAGCAAAAUGCAUGAAGAGAAUGCCACACUGUCAGAAGAAUCCUUGAGGAAAGUCAUGUACUUGAGUUGCUGGGGUCCCAGCUGAAGGAAAGAGAAAGACAACAUGGAUAAAACUUUUCUGUUCUUUGAAUGUGGACCAUGAAGAAAUUGUGCCGCAUCGAGAAGGAGAUUUCUCUUGCCAUUUUUGGUCUGCAUUCAUUUAUAUUAUUAUUACUGCUAUCUGUUCAUUGUAUAGAAUCAUGAAGAAUAUCAAUUCAGUGAAAUUUCUUCAAUCUUCGUAGUUUCCCUUCUACUAAUAUUGCUUAUUUACAUAGCAUUGUUUAGAAAGAGAAACAACCCAAUUAAUAUUUUGAAACUCUUUUAAUUGAAGAGAAUUCAAAAACUCAAUUAGUAGAUAUACUUGUAUUGUAACCCUUCCAAUAAAAUAUCGAUCUAUGUUAUGUUCAUGCACAA